UGUGUCAUCUUUGCCAUUAGAUUCAUCAAAGAUGCGACAAAAAAUAUUAGAACUAUUAGAAAAUUGUUAGAAUAUAAUGCACGAUGCCCCUAAAGCGCGGGGCCCGUGGGCGUACGCCCCUUCUGCCAUAUGAUUAAUCCGGCCCCACCAUAAGUGUGUUAUUACAGUCUGUGGUCAGCAUGCAUCAGAGAAAAUUCAUUCGUUAAUGGUGUUUUUACCCCAAGAUAUCUAGGGAAUGAAUGAAAGUCGUAUAAUAAUUUAGUUCACGCACUGAUUCGUACCAAUCAAUGGUCGCAUUUCGUACCAAGAAUAGCAGGUGGUUGGAAGUGAUACAAGGUGAUAGAUAGGGAUGGAACGAAACUGUCCAUAACAACAUGGCGAAAAUUACCGAGAUCAUCGAAGAUGAAAAUAAUAAAUCUAUUAAACGGAAAAAAAAGAACUCUAAAAUUAAUAGGAAUCGUAGCAAGGCAGAAGAGAUCUCUGGUGUGUCGAUUUUUCAAAGAAUACUAGCGGUUAUAGUGAUUAUAACAGCAUAUUUGUACUGUAGAAAUUAUUUUAUGAAGCAUUUAUUAGAUGACCACGGCUUUCUAACUUUUGCCAACGUUUCCGAAUACAUUUCCGAAAGAUCCCAGUUUGUGACUUGUUCUAAAGACUAUGGCAACAAAUUCAAAGGUUGUGUGCCAAAGAAAUGUGGGCGUUUUGUUAUGGAUUCUGUGAUAAGUAAACAAGAAGCCAUGAAUUUGAAAAAAUUGGCAGAAAAGGGAAUGAGUUAUGGUGGUGGAAGUGGGGGAGCCACAAUACUUGACUUACACACGGGAGCAUUAUCUUUACAAGAUAAAUUUGUCAAUAUCUACGCAAUCACUGGCAAGAAUAACAAAACAGUUUUUACUACAGGAGAUUUUGAGUUGUACAAGUCGCUAAAGGACAAAAUACACAAAACCGUGGCAAAAAAAUUUGGUAUCAAUCCAUCAUUAUUGUAUCUAACAAAGCCAACAUUUUUUCGCAUGACAUCAAAAGCAGCAAUAACACUACAUGAUGAGUAUUGGCAUCCACAUAUUGAUAAAGUCACUUAUCGUUCCUUUUAUUAUACAUCACUCUUGUAUCUUAGUGACAUGGAGAAAGAUUUCAAUGGGGGCCGUUUUGUUUUCAUGGAUAAAGAGAACAAUGUCACAGUUGAACCAAGGUUUGGUCGACUGUCGUUCUUUACCUCAGGUUCAGAAAAUCAACAUUAUGUGCAGAAAGUUGUUGGCGGUACAAGAUUUGCUAUAACAAUCUCAUUUACUUGUAACAAAGACUUUGCAAUUAAUGAUCCAAAUGGAAAAGUGUGAAAAUUACACGAUAAUGGUGUGCUUUCUGACUUAAGGCAAUGAACACAGUAUUUUUUCUAAAAUCUUUUCCUUAGGUAAAUGUUAUUCAGUAAUAAAUGUUGCAUUAUUUAUCAUCA